GAGUCGAGACCGGCCAUUGUUUUGCAGCAUCAUGUGCCUUUGUCCGACAAGUUAGUACAGUCUUCUUCUUCCUGGUGACAGUGAAUUUUGCAUCGCGGUGUGAAGUAGAUUUUAGCUUGCCUUUGGCCCUCUGUUCUCGUGUGGAGGGGUAAGAACUUGGACCAAAACCAGAGCCCUUUGGUAGAUUGACAACUGAAGAGGUGCUUUUCUUUGCUCCGCGCACUUCAGUUCAACAUUCUAACACGCGGAAAGCUUUUUUUCCCAAGCUGGACCAAGCCCUUUCAACUUAUGCCAAGGCGCUAUCGCCAGCCGGAGACCACACGAGAAUCAUGCUAAGUGUGUCUGUCAAGAUGAGGCCUCUCUCAACUAUUUUCUUGGUGGUGAUCCUAAACGUGUUGACUGGUGAAGUUUCUGGCAAUCAACAGAGUACCACAGCUGGGUGGCCAGCAUGCGGAAAUACUGGGAUGGAAUAUUUAUAUGUAGGUGGAUUGAGAAGUUUCAGAAAUAGCCAGGACUUUUGCAACUCAUUAGGAGGGGCCACACUGGCUACUCCAGUGAAUGCUGAGCAUUACGAGUGUAUUCGCCACAUUAAACCACCAACCAAAGCAAUAUGGACUGGUAUAUACUCACGGACAGAUACUACCCACACUUGGAUAAGUGUUGAAGAUGGCUCUGCUGUACCAUACACUCAAUGGAAUGCUCAACAGCCUACCACAUCCCCUGCUAAACGUUGUGUCCAGAUGUUGGCUCAUAGCGUGUCUGGAGGUGGAAAAUGGGAGAACACCUUCUGUGACAUUCAAUUGCCAGCUGUCUGCCAAAGACAAAAAGCUUGGCCUCAACCAUCAAUGUUGCCUCCAACUACUCGCCCGCCAGAGAAAAAGCCAAUCCGCCAGCAUGCUUCGGGUGUUUGCGAAAUUAAAAAAUACUACACCAUUUCUGAUUGCACGAGUCAAGGCCUCGUUGGAAUACCGCUCUAUCUGAACACGGCUACACAAUAUCUGUAUCUCCAACACAACAACAUCUCCUGGUUCCCGCCGAAGAACUUGAAAAGAGUGAUGACGACGAGACAUUUGGAAAGACUGGAUUUAUCCUAUAACAACCUCGAAGUAUUGGAAGAACAUCAGUUCGGCUAUAGAAAUGAAAUACGUCUAAUCUUACGCCUCAGCCACAACAAUAUGAGGUUCUUCCACCCAAAGGCUUUCCGAUCACUUACUAGACAUGCCCGAUAUUUUGAGGAGUUGUACCUCGACCACAACAAGCUCACUUCCUUACCUCCCAACAUGUUGGACCUAGUGGAUAAUAUAAUUAACAAAGUUGACUUCUCACACAACAUGAUCAGUCAAAUCAGUGGAAAAGUGUUCUUUCACCCUUCCUUUUUCGUCAAAAUGAUAAUAGCUGACAUAGACUUAUCUUUCAACUUGCUGAAAUCAGUACCCACGCAGAUGAUGGUGAACGCAGUACGCAAUCUGCAAACUCUAAACCUGGAAGGGAAUCAGAUCAGCUUGAUACAAAACAGGGCUUUCUCGGAAUUAAAUGGCGGCAGUCAACACCUCAAAUAUUUAAAUAUGGCUGGAAAUUUCAUCAGCAGAAUUGAGAGCGCUGCCUUCCAUGGUCGACCUGCCUUGAUCACUCUAGAAUUGGCUCGAAAUCUCCUCACUUCCUUGCGCGGUGUCCACUAUCUCCAAUAUCUCCACCAUUUGGAUGUUUCAUACAACCGUAUGCAAGAAAUUCAAUUACCAUCGUACCUUGGUUUACCACAACUCAGGACAUUAAAUUUGAAGGGGAAUUCGAUCAAGAUUGUCCGCAAUGGUAAUUUAGCCCACCUCAAUAAACUCACUCAUGUAGAUCUGAGUGAAAAUGUCAUUCACACCAUAGAGCCAUCGGCAUUCUACCACAUGCCUUCUUUGACAAACCUGGACUUGAGCAACAACCAGAUCACAUCUCUUCCAGGCGAAAUGUUCCUCAGUGUGGGGUUUGCCAGCAUCAAUGUCAAUCAAAUCAACCUCAAGGGUAAUCCGUUUUUUAGGAGUGCAUUCUGCAACUUGACAGUCCUGUUCGAGAGCCUGUCUCUUGCUACGAAAAAAAGCAGGGCUCAGUUGAUACCAACCUUCCUCAGUCACAUUGAACCUGCGGACCUGGAGCUCAGGCUUACUCAGCAUGCAAAAGGCACACUAUGCAAUCAUCAACCUUCAUCGAGCGGAGGAAUGGAUCAGCAAAUCCUGACAUGUGAAUCGAAUGGUGAUCAAGUUUGCAUGUAUGAGAAUAACAGUAAUAUGACAGUCGCUUGUGGCGUCGGAUGUAUAACUUAUCCGAUAUGCAAAUACAACCGUGCAAGCAGUCAGUACUCCUGUAUCUGUGGGAAGCCAUUAGGAGGAGUCACAAUUAACGUUACUAUGCAGUGUGAUCCUAUCAUGUGUAAAGUUCCGAACAUUGUUCAUGGAUCCAGUACGAAAACAUUUACAAAAUACGGUGAAGUACUUAACUACUCCUGCAAUGAUGGUCUUGUAAAAUCUGCAAUCCCGAUUUGUGAGGCGAAUGGACUUCUAAGUGCGACUCCUACUUGUGAGAAGACGGGCCUGGGUUUGGUAGGCCAUCGGUAUUGUGCUGGUGAUGUAAUUCUAAAAAGGGCACAGCACCUAUUCACAUUUUCAGAAGCAAAUAUUCUAUGUGGAAGUGUAAAUGGCACAGUUCUUGGCCCAAUUGCGAAUUCGAAUAAUUGCACAAUUGGUUUACUUACUUCGAAAAUGGUACCAGCUUGGAUAAAUGUACGCGAACGUGAAAACCUACAAAAUGCAUAUGUCACUGGAGGCUCAACCCGUGUCCAAUAUGCUAAACAACGUGUGGUUUGUGAAUUACCUUGCGUACGUAGUCAUGGAGAUCAUAUUGCUAGUAUAUCACCUGCUGGUAUGGUUACGUGUGAUAUUGGAUAUGAGUACCUUGAUGGUCAACCAGUGUGUAAUGGAACAACUAAGGUUGGAUCAUGUACUCCUUGUGGACGCAGUGAUGGAGAUCAUAUUGCUAGUAUAUCACUUGUUGGUAUGGUUACGUGUGAUCUUGGAUAUGAGUACCUUGAUGGUCAACCAGUGUGUAAUGGAAGAACUAAGGUUGGAUCAUGUACUCCUAUCAUGUGUAAAGUGCCCAGCAUUGUUAAUGGAGCCAGUACGAAAACAUUUACAAAAUACGGUGAAGUAUUUAACUACUCCUGCAAUGAUGGUCUUGUAAAAUCUGCAAUCCCGAUUUGCGAGGCGAAUGGAGUUCUAAGUGCGACUCCUACUUGUGAGAAGACAGGCCUGGGUUUGGUAGGCCAUCGGUAUUGUACUGGUGAUGUAAUUCUAAAAAGGACGCUGCACCUAUUCACAUUUUUACAAGCAAAGGUUCUAUGUGGAAGUGUGAAUGGCAAAGUUCUUGGCCCAAUGGCAAAUGCGAAUAAUUGCACAGUUGGUUUACUUACUUGGCUGCCAGCGUGGAUAAAUCAAACCGAAGGCGAUAACCUACAAAAUGCAUAUGUCACUGGAGACUCAACCCGUGUCCAAUAUGCUAAACAACCUGUGGUUUGUGAAUUUCCUUGUGUACGCAGUCCUCGAGAUCAUAUUGCAAGUAUAUCACCUGCUGGUAUGGUUACGUGUGAUAUUGGAUAUGAGUAUCUUGAUGGUCAACCAGUGUGUAAUGGAACAACUAAGGUUGGAUCAUGUACUCGUAAGUUGUAA